UAUUUAAAAAAAAAAAAAAAACUUUAUGUGUUCGAUGGAGCCACAAUCUAAAUAUUGAAUUUUCCAUAUAUAUUAUAAUUCUCUUUGGAUUGAAUUGUUUAUGAGUAUCCAUAAUUUCGAUCGGAGAUUUCGAUAUAAACAAAAAUGUCUGAAAAUCUAAGAAUUAAUCAAAUAUUUAGCGAUUUUCAGAAGCAAAUUGAUGAAGAACAAGAACUUCGUGAGGCAAUCAGGGUAAUUUGUAAGGAUAUAGAUCAAAUAUCUAGGGAAGCGACAACAAUUCUUCAAGUUAUACACCACAAUGAAGCUGGUAUAAUGCCGGCGUGUCAAAAAGUCCGCGAAUUAUUCGAAAAGGCCCGUGAAGGCUAUGGGAAACUAAAAGAGGCUGUUCCUGCCAAAGACUACUACAAGUACCAAGACCGUUGGCGAAUAAUGACACAAAGGUAUUGCUUCCUAAUAUCUCUAACCAUUUGGCUGGAACAAGGCAUUCUAGCUACACAUGAGACUAUUGCAGAAAUACUUGGAAUAAGUGCAGUAGAAGAGAAGGAGGGUUUCCAUUUAGACAUAGAAGAUUACUUGCUGGGUGUGUUACUUAUGUGCCCGGAACUGUCACGACUGGCAGUGAACGCGGUGACUCGCGGUGACUACAAUAAACCUUUGCAGAUCUCCAAAUUUGUGAUGGAAGUUAAUGCAGGUUUCAGAUUAUUGAAUCUGAAGAACGACUUCCUUCGCAAAAGAUUUGAUGGACUGAAGUACGAAGUAAAGAAAAUUGAAGAAGUCGUAUACGAUUUGAGCAUUAGAGGACUUCUGCCGCGAAACGAGCCUGAAGGGGAAGUGCCAGUUCAGGCCUAAACAUUGUGCGAGAGCCUGGAGCAUAUCAGUCUUGCGCGUUCAACUUGCCUGGCUUGUGUUAGCUCGGGCUUAUCAGAUUGCCUAGAUCUAUGUUCGCGUUUCGACAAGUGACACCAGAUGAAGUUAGUGCGAACAUCAGUUAGUAAUUUAAAAUAAAAUUGAGAAAUAUCUCCUUCAUGUCUAACAUAAAGUACAAUUUUGGAAGAACAUUUCAGUACGGCUACGACUUUUUUAAAAUAAGUAUUUGUUUUAUAAUAAUAAAGGUUAUAAUGCAAAUGG